AUGCUCAUCAGAGGUCAUUACUCGAGCACGAUGAUGCAGAAUGAGAAUCACCUGGAUAAUCGGACUUAUUGCCAAAUAGCUGCUCAUUCCCCAGUAAUCAUUACCUGUCUUCACUCGCCAAUGCCCACACAUCCGCUUCCGCGAGCGAAGAACUCUAGCGAAGAAGUUGAUCCCGAGGGAGCGGGUGCGCUAUUGCAUUCGCCGUUUCAUGACAUUGCCGUGUCACUGUCAGGCAUCCAGGUGGUCUAUCAUGUCUCGCGUGCAAACAUGCAGUAA